AUGCCCAGGGCUCCACUCCGCAGGGGAUUACUGCUCCCGAUCGGGGAGAUCCCGGUGGAUUCCAUUCAUGCCGAUCCGACCAUCUCCGCAUCCAAGAAGGACCUCAAAACGAUUACAUCGUAUAAUCUUCUUCCCAAGCGGACGCAGACCAUGAUUGUGCCUGGCACCCCCGCAAUCUGGAAACCAGUCACCACCCCCCGCAAACUCAAACCGGAUGCCGGAAAAUACAUCCUGGAUCCUAAUGGGCUCGUCUUUCCCAAAUUCGCCAUGGAGCCGCUCCUCAGAGCCAUUGCCGUCACUCAGCCCCGGAUGAAGCUCAACGAUGUUGAUCUUAUCACUGAUCGGAGGAAUCUCCGACUUCUCUUGGCGUUUGUUAGCGGUCAAAAGAAGGAGUUUCGAAUUAAUGUAGAGGUGGUCGAGUCGACUGUGUUUCUGUCCACCUGGGCACCAGUCAAGACCAAUUUUGUCAGCAAGUUCGAGGGCUACGGGCACGAGUUUGAAAGCGUCUCGACGUGGAAGCCGCGGUAUAUUCGGGACAGUAUCAUUCAUGCUCGUUCGGUUGGGUAUACUCUCGGGGGAAUCAAGAUGCUGCUUCGCUUUGAAGUAGAUGCGUGCAUGCCGGCUAGAAAGCAUAGUGGUGGAGGGGUUGCUCCAAUUGAAGCGCCGACAGGCAUCAAGGUGGUGAAUGAAGGAACCUUGGUGGGCCCGUCACGCAUCGUGGAGAUCAAGACGGGUCCGGUCGCGAAACGUCUGGAUUUCGCCAAAAAUAUGGCGCAGAUGUGGUUCUCCCAGACGCCCUUUCUAUGUAAAGGGAACUAUGAGGCUGAUGGGACGUUUUUGCCCGCAGAGGAGAGGAAUGUGGAGAAGGAGGGGAGACUCGCCAAGUGGGAAGAGGACAACAAGGAGAAGAUUCAGAAGCUAGUCCGUGUUCUCCAAAAGAUCUUUGAGGUUGUGAGAUGUGUGCCGCAUAGAUGUGCACUGGUGCAUGAAGGCGACAAUACAUUGAAGGUAUAUCAGGAUGGAAACCCGGGCCAUAGGGGGAUCCCAGAGGAUCUUCUAGCCAUGUGGGAUAUACCAGCGGUAAAGAAUGGUUAG